AUGGAGAAGAACCUUGCUGAAUCAGGCAGUUUCGCUCGCAUAGACGAGAAGAAGAAGGAAGGCGAGACACCACGUGCGCCUUUACCAGAUUCCGGAGAGACCGAUGCCAAAGAGGUUGAAGCAAAAACGGAUGAUGAGGCAAAGCCACCUGCUGCAGAUGCAGAGAUCAGCGAGCCCGUUGAGAAGGAGGAGGAAGAUGCUCCCAUUGAGGUUGCAGAAUCCCCACCUCCCAGCCUCGAGAAGGUUUCAGAAGAUAUCGAUCAAUAUCUUGAGACACUCACCAAGAAUGCAGACGUUGAAGAAGCUUCUUUAGAGAUCCCUGAUUUCAUUGACAAGUUCUUGGAGCUUGUUGAAGAGAAAAUCGCCGUGUACGACUCGGGUGGAGUUAAAGGCAAAUGGGGUGAGGUUGCAGAGGAAUAUUCGUCACUAUUUGGAGCUCUGCAUCAGGUUUCCAAAUUAAUGAAACUGCUGAGCCAGUCUCAAUCCUCCUCGGAAGAGAUCAGUAAAAGAAAGGAUGCGUUGGUCAAUCACAUCGGUACGCUUCAGCACCGAGCGAUGUCGUAUUUCGAGGAAGAGUUCCGAUUUCUUAUGGAAGAAUCUCGAAAUCCGGGUGAAUCCAACCCCUGUGGUCAUGACCCGAAAGGGAAGCAAGUGGAACAAGACCAGUCCUCUGAUCCGGAAUCCAUCGAGUUGGAGCCCGAGUUUCCGAGUUACCCCGAUGAGACCAUUGCGAAAUUGAAACAGAUAGCGAAAGUGAUGAAAUCAGGUGGUUACCAAUACGAAAGCGGCCAGAUUUAUUUGGUUUGCAGGAGGUGCACAUUUGAAGAGAACUUGAACAAAAUAGGAUUCGAGAAAAUGAGCAUCGAUGAGAUUCUGAAAGUACAAUGGAAAAUAUUGGAGAGAGAUAUUCCAGCUUGGAUCAAAACCUUCAAGGAUUCCGCCACCGUCUAUUUGUCCGGCGAACGGAAGCUGGCAGAGUCGGUGUUCGAAGAAGAUCCGUCGCUAGCAGUGAGCCUAUACAGCGAUCUCUCUCGGUGCAUUGUCCUACAGCUUCUCAACUUCGCGGAAGGGGUGGCCAUGACGAAGCGAGCGGCAGAGAAGCUAUUCAAAAACAUUGACAUGUACGAGACCUUGCGUGAUGCAGUCCCCAUUUUCGAGGAACUGUUACCGGAAGCGGUUGCGAACGAGCUCAAGACGGAGGCGACCUUAACGAAAUGCAGACUUGGCGAGAACGUGAUCAGCACAUUCGGUGAUCUAGAAAUUGCCAUCAAGACAGAUGCCGAGAAAACUUUGGUUCCUGGCGGUGCGGUCCAUCCAUUGACUCGCUACUUCAUGAACUACCUUCCAUUCGCAUGCGAGUACAAGGACACGUUAGAGCAAGUGUUCAAGGAGCACUCGAAGAUUGAACGCGCCGACUCGACAAGUAGGCCCCGCUACGAAGGGGAAGGGAAUUCUCAACAGAAUGUUAACGCCAACAAUUCCGGCACGGAGAAUGAAUCGCCGUUUGCGGCGCAGGUGACUAGGUUGAUGUCUCAUCUGGACACAAAUCUGGAAGGGAAGGCGAAGCUGUACAGGGACGUGGCCUUGAGCUGCAUCUUCAUGAUGAACAAUGGUAGGUACAUACUCCAAAAGAUCAAAGGGUCAAAAGAGAUGUACAGCUUGAUGGGAGAGACAUGGUGUCGGAAGAGGUCGUCGUAUCUGAGGACGUACCAUAAGAAUUAUCAGAGAGAGACAUGGAGUAAGAUUCUAAAUUGCCUGAGCCCCGAGGGCUUGAGCGUGCACGGGAAGGUGCAGAAGCCAGUGCUCAAAGAGAGGUUCAAGAGCUUCAACGCAAUAUUCGAUGAGAUACACAAAACGCAGAGCACGUGGAUUGUGAACGACGAGCAGCUUCAAUCGGAGCUGAGGGUGUCCAUAACAGCGGUGGUGAUUCCGGCGUACAGAGCAUUCUUGGGGAGGUUUUCUCAGAUUUUGGACCCAGGAAGACAAACAGAGAAGUACAUAAAAUAUCAGGCUGAUGAUAUAGAAACCUUAAUCGACGAGCUUUUUGAUGGAAAUAAUGCAGCUAGAAGAAGACCAUGA